CCUCCCUCAGUUGAGGACUGAUCCCGGAACAGAACGGACGGUGAAACCUUUUCUCCUUCCCGGUAAAACAAGCGGAACUUAAAAUGCGAGGUCUCGGUGCGCAGAGCUCGGUUCUGGCUCUCCUGAUGAUAAGCCUUCACGCCGCUGCACCACGGAUUCACUCUCUGAAGUAUCUCUUCACUGCGACCUCUGGAGUCCCAAACUUCCCAGAGUUUGUGUCUGUUGGGCUGGUGGAUGAAGUAGAGAUUUAUCACUAUGACAGUAACACCAGGAGAGCAGAAUUCAGACAGAACUGGAUGAGCAGAGUCACAGAGGAGGAUCCUCAGUACUGGGAGAGGGGGACUAAGAUCCUUAUGGGCCACCAGCAGGUCUUCAAAGCCAACAUUGAAACAGUAAAACAACGCUUCAACCAAACUGGAGGUGUCCACAUUUACCAGAGGAUGUACAGCUGUGAAUGGGAUGAUGAGACCAACAAGGUUAAGGGUUAUGAUCAGCAUGGUUAUGAUGGAGAAGACUUCAUAUCAUUUGACCUGCAGACAGAGCAGUGGAUUGCUCCUAAACCGCAGGCUGUCAUCACCAAACACAAGUGGGAUAAUGACAGAGCUCUGAUAGCACAUAAGAAGAACCACCUGACUCAUUUGUGUCCCGAGUGGCUGAAGAAGUACGGGAGGAGCUCUCUGACGAGAACCGAGCGUCCCUCAGUGUCUCUCCUCCAGAAGACUCCCUCCUCUCCAGUCAGCUGCCACGCUACAGGUUUCUACCCCGACAGCGCCACCCUCUUCUGGAGGAAAGAUGGAGAGGAGCUCCAUGAGGACGUGGACCUCGGAGAGAUCCUCCCCAACCACGACGGGACCUUCCAGAUGAGGGUUGACCUGAAACUGUCCUCCGUCCCUACUGAAGACUGGAGGAGGUACGAGUGUGUGUUCCAGCUGUCUGGUGUGGACGAGGACAUGGUCACCAAACUGGACAAGACCAGGUCCAACACGGAGAAACCUGCUGGCUUCACCUUCAUCAUCAUCAUCGCUGCUGUGGCUGUUCUUGGCCUCAUCGCUGCUGUGGUUGGAUUCUUGGUGUAUAAGAGAAAUAGGAACGCCAAACGCUCUUCAGACAAACUCCGUUCUUCUAUUGAAGGCUCUGAGCUCGCUGAGGAACUGAAUCCUAAAGCUUGAAGUCAGCGUCCUGCACACAGUGAGUAGCUCCACGUGGGACAUGAACUAUUCCCAGCUGCUGCUUCACAAAGCUUCCCUCAGUAUGAGCACAAGGAGCUUCUCAUGUAAAGACACUCUUUGACUUUUUCUACAACAAAGAUAUGAGAGAUUAUUAAGAGAAAGACACACAAAGCUUCACAUCAGCUCCUCAGAUAAAGUCUGUGUGGUGGCGGGCGUGGUUUCGGCUCGGCUGCCGAGGAGGAGAGAGGGGGAGUGGCUCGGGGAAUGGUGACAGCUGGAGGUGAUGAACCUCCAGCUGAGGCCAAUUGAGGAAAUGCUUCCCUGUAUUUAAGAGGGAGACUGGAGCGAGUGGGAGAAGUGUGGGGGCGAGAGCAAGCCGGAGAAAUAAUAAAGACCAUUACCAACGGUGAACAGGUGUCUGUGGGUCAUUACGUUCCCCCCUAGUAACCCAGCUGUUACAGUCUGAUAUUUAAAGCUCUUACAUUAACUUCUAGGAACUCACUAACACAUCUUUAUCCAAAUGGAGUCAAAGUAGUUUGUGGUAAAUUAUUUAGUUUUCUCUUUGUUACGAGUGUGUUCAUCUCAAACUAAUCCACCAGAUUUACUCUUUGAUGCUUCUGCUGUUUGGGUUUCUGGUUGAAUCAUGU